UACCGCAUCUCAGACGGCCUGCAUCCCACACCUUGUGACCUCAGCUACGCCCUCUCUGCUCUGACCGGAACUGACCUUUACUUCAAGAAGGAGUACACCCUUCGCACUGGUUCUUUCAAGGAGCGUGGUGCGCGAAAUGCACUCAAACAGUUGACACCCGAGCAGCGCAAGCACGGCGUCAUUGCCGCCUCGGCCGGCAAUCACGCCCUGGGCUUGGCCUACCACGGGCAGCUCCUCAACAUUCCCGUCUACCUCGUCAUGCCACUUUUUGCCCCGCUGAGCAAGGUGGAAAAGUGCCGAACUUUUGGCGCCAAUGUGAUGACCGAGGGUGCUCAUAUCGGCGAAUCCAUGGUCAUUGCCCUGCGAAUGGCCGCCGAAAAGAAGCUGACCUACAUUAAUGGCUACAAUGACCAGGCCAUCAUUGCCGGACAAGGCACCUGUGCGUUGGAGAUCCUGGAGCAAGUGCCCGACGUGGAUGCCGUCGUGGUGCCUGUGGGUGGUGCCGGUUUACUUGCUGGCGUAGCCCUGGCCAUCAAGACGCUGCGCCCCGAGAUUGAGGUCAUCGGUGUCGAGGGGGAGACGUGCCCGUCCUUCUCCGCUGCGCUCAAGGCCGGUGAACCCGUGACUGUGGAGGUGCAAUCAACCCUCGCUGACGGCCUUGCCGUGCCUCGGGUGGGCCCGACGGCCUUUGCUGUCGCACGCGAUCGCACGGACCGCUGUGUUCUCGUUAGUGAAAAAGAGGUGGCCAUUGCCGUUUUGCGCCUGCUUGAAGUCGAAAAGUGCGUGGUGGAAGGUGCUGGUGCAGCCGGUUUUGCGGCCUUGCUUGCCAACAAAUUACCCGAGCUCAAGGGUAAGAAGGUGGUAUGCCUUUUGUGUGGCGGCAACAUUGAUGUUCCCGUGAUCGGGCGCGUGCUGGAGCGCGGACUGGCCGCAGAUGGGCGCUUGGUUCGCUUCACUGUCGCCGUUAGCGAUCGUCCAGGCUCCAUUGCCCGUCUCACCGCCCUUAUGGCUGAGCUCGGGGCCAGCGUCAAGGACAUUCAGCAUGAGCGCGCCUGGAUCGAGACGGACAUUAUGAGUGUGGCCAUUCGCGUCGUUCUCGAAACGCGCAGCAGGGAGCAUGCCGAAGAAGUGCACCAACAGCUGCUUCAGCGUGGUUACAAGUGCGUCUGA